UCUUAUUGCUCCGUCUCCGUCUCCGUCUCCGUCUCCGUCUCCAUCCUCUGACCCAUCCACAGGUAAUGGCUCCAGCGCAGCCGAAAACCGGCCUCUUUGUGGGGCUGAACAAAGGGCAUGUGACCACCAAGAAGGAGUUGGCUCCACGCCCUUCUGAUCGCAAAGGAAAAACCAGUAAGAGGGUUCACUUUGUUAGGAAUUUGAUCCGUGAAGUUGCUGGGUUUGCACCGUAUGAAAAGAGAAUCACUGAGCUUUUGAAGGUUGGCAAGGACAAGCGAGCACUGAAGGUAGCCAAAAGAAAGUUGGGAACCCACAAGAGGGCUAAGAAGAAGAGAGAAGAGAUGUCUAAUGUCCUUCGCAAGAUGAGGUCUGGCGGUGGAGCUACUGAGAAGAAGAAAUGAGGGGGAUGUUUGAUGUUUCAUAGUUUUGUUUAGUAAUUUACCUAUGCUAUGUAUCCGUAUUUCGUAGUAUUGAGACUUAAAAAGUUUUUAUUUUACAAAUUCUGUUCUGUGUUGAAUGUUCAAACUUAAAAGUGGGACAAGCUGCUUGCCCAUUUUGUUGGCUCCUGUUAGUUUUAACUUAAUGCAAGCAACAGUUUUGC